GCACACCCUAAACUCUUCUCCGAUGGCACACCGAAACUCUGUGAAAGUUGUUGAGGUUUGCAAGGUUGCUCCACAACCACGCUCACUAGCUGACUCAGUCACACCACCACCACCACCUGAGUCCCUUCCUCUAACCUUCUUUGACUUGCUCUGGCUAAGAUUUUCACCCGUCCAACGCCAUUUCUUCUAUGAAAUCAACCAUAAUUCUUCCAACACUUACUUCUCCGAUUCAGUACUAAUCCCAAAACUCAGAGCCUCACUCUCUAUCGCCCUCCGACACUUUCUACCUCUAGCCGGAAACGUCAUAUGGCCCCAAAGCUUCCCUAAACCUAUUCUUAGUUAUGUCCAAGGCGACACCGUUUCGCUCACGAUAGCUGAGUCUGAUGCUGAUUUCUGCCAUCUAGUUUCAACCAACAACUUCAACAUCAAAGCCGAAGAAUACCACCCUCUUACACCCCCACUUGCCGUGUCUCACGAACGAGCCGCCGCCGUGGCAUUCCAAGUCACCAUAUUUCCUAACCGUGGCUUUUGUAUUGGAACAUCUAUGCACCAUGCAAUCCUAGACGGCUUGACUUCAACCAUGUUUGUAAAAUCAUGGGCUCACAUAUGCAAACACGAAAAUUCCAAUUUGAUACCUGACCAGCUCAAACCAUUAUACGACAGAAGCGUCGUCCAAGACACAGCCGGGCUCGAACCAAUUUUCUUGAACCAAUUGCUAAACAUGGAUUCAGACCGGCCCUUCAAUAGAUGCUUAAUGUUCGUCGAUCAUUUUAAAGCUCCAGCAGAAGACACAAUUCGAGGAACGUUUGUAUUCACUCGGGAAAAAAUAGAAGCACUAAGGCAAUCGGUGAAAGAGAAGAGACAACAACAUGGUCAUCAAUCCGUUCAAAAAUUGUCUACGUUUUGUGUCACAUGUGCGUAUGUAUGGAUUUGCUCAAUCAAGGCAAAAGAAAUACAAAUCGAUCAUAAAGCUGCAGUUCUGAUGGGCUUUACUGUGGACUGUAGGUCGCGUUUAGACCCUUCUAUACCCGCCACUUAUUUUGGCAACUGCUUAUCAUGCAGCGUAGCAGUUGCCGAAACGAAAGUGGUUUUAGGAGAAGAUGGUCUGAUUGUGGCAGUCAAUGCAAUUAGUGAAGCUAUAAAACGUUCGGACACGGACGGAGUUUUGGGUGGAUUAGAGAAUUUGCUUCCUUUACUGUACUCAACGAGUAUAGAUCAUGAGAGUUUACUCUCUAUUGCUGGAUCGCCUCGAUUUGGAAUUUAUGGGACUGACUUUGGAUGGGGAAGACCAAAGAAGGUAGAGGUCGUUUCUAUAGAGAAGACUGGAGCGAUGUCUCUCACAGAAUCCAAGUAUGGUGGUGGAGGCGUUGAGGUUGGGCUGGUUUUGAAAAAACAUCAUAUGGAAGCCUUUUAUAAUCUGUUUGCUAAAGGUCUUGCAAACAUCUGA